AUGUACCUGGGAAACAUUUUCCUCUCUUUCUUGGCCCUUGGUGGCCUUGCUGCCGGUAUCCCAAGCCCCAGUGGCAACAACGUCCACGAUAUUGAAGACAGGGACAUCGAUGAUGGCCUACACGGCAUCGACCCCCGCGCAGCCGACCUGGACAAGCGCACCUACAGGUCAUGCUGCCCCCGCGACACCUAUCUGGACGACAAGUACAGUUGUGUCUGCAAGGACAAGAACAAGAUCUUUGACUCCAAGACGGGCACCUGCGCCUGUCCCGAGGGACAGAAGUGGGAUGGCCGUCAGUGCCGAGCAGAUUGUGGCUGGGAAGCCUACUACGAUAACGGCCAGAAGGCCUGCGUGUGCAAGAAACAGGGCCAGGUGUACAACCCGGACGGAAUGACCUGCGCCUGCCCCGACGGCAAGACGUGGAAGAACCACCAGUGCCAGUACGACUGCGGCAAGGAGGCCGAGUAUAACGAGCACGAGAAUGUCUGCAAGUGCAAGAAGCAGGGCCAGGUCUUUGACCCUGCCACCAAGGUCUGCGCCUGUCCUGACGGACAGAGGUGGGAUGGCCAUCAGUGCCGAGCCGGAUGUGGCAAGGAUGCCUACUACGAUAACGGCCAGAAGGCCUGCGUGUGCAAGAAGCAGGGCCAGGUGUACAACCCGGACGGCAUGACUUGCGCCUGCCCCGACGGCAAGAUGUGGAAGAACCACCAGUGCCAGUACGAGUGCGGCAAGGAUGCUUUCUACGACGAGGAGCAGAAGGCCUGCAUGUGCAACAAGGAGGGCCAGGUCUACGAUACCACCGGCAAGAGUUGCGCCUGCCCCGACGGCAAAAUGUGGAACGGCCACGAGUGCUACGUCGACUGCGGCAGGGGUGCCAAGUAUAAUGAGCAUGAGGACGUCUGCGAGUGCAGGAAGCAGGGCCAGGUCUACGACCCUGCCAACAAGGGCUGCGCCUGCCCCGACGGCAAGAUGUGGGAUGGACGCAAAUGCGGGAAUGGGCGUUCCUAG